CACAAAAAAAAAAAAACGGCGGAAUUCAGACUAAAAAAAAUACAAAGUCAAGCUUAUCUUGCCGGAGGUUUCCGAACAUACCCAAGAAUAAUCUCCCCAGUCAUCGCACGGUCCAGACAAGGGAGUGCUCCAGGAUACUUCCACUUAGCAUCGAAAUCACAAAAAGAGUUACACAGACUUGAAACAAAUCUACAUUCUACAGCCGACACUCUGGAUUGAUUCUGAUAAACCCACCCAAAAAAAAAUUGAGAUUAAAUAUUUCACAUUUUUUAUAAUUUAUUUCCUUUUUUUUUUUGUGUGUACCAUUGGUUUUAACAAAAGUAGUCUAAGGGCGUUAUUGCAGAUAAAUAAGGACAUCGAUAAGGACAUAGAUAAGGGAACAAGAGUGGAAGGACCAGAAAGAGGACGAGAGGGAGGACGAUGACAAGUUCAGGAGUGCUCAUGCUAAACUCAUUCCUUAGAAUGUGAGGAUGUCAAUGUGAGUUGUGAUACCGCCACCGUCCGAUGAAAGAUAAUCUCCUCUAGACUGAUACAAAAACUUAGCAUACAUUGUAGUCAAGAAACGAAAAGCACAGAGUGCUGGACAUUUGAUAAAGGGAAGUUAUUGGGUGUCUUGUAUUAUUAAUAGUUAAAAGUUGUUUCCCUUGGUGAGAAAAACAUUGUCAUUGCUGUGAUAAAAAAUGAAGAUUUUAGAAGCUGAUAUCAAGAUGUAAAAAAGUACAGGUUUAUUUUGUUUGUUUUUCUUUGCUAGUUUCCAAGACCAAAACAAAAAAUAUAAAAGAUGAUGAUGAUGGAUUACCGUAGUUGUAGGUAUGAGCAUAACACCCCAGCCAUGUUUUCUGGCAACAGUUUUGGCGCUGGGGGCUCUGAACAUCAGGACCCUCGACAGAUAACGGACAUUUCUUAUACGCAUCCUGUUCAAAAUGCAGUGGGGCGCCAGGAACUGCUUAGCCCCCACCAUCAAAGCUACACACGAAGCCCUUUCUCCAGGCAGUAUCCAGGGGAGAUCUACAGCUAUGGAGGGUGCCCUUCACAGCAUUUCUACAGCGACGCUCACGCGCAUCCUCAUUCUAUCUACCCCAGCAACCAAGCGGAUUAUCAAAGGCGUCUCCGUAGUGGGCCCGCUACGGGAUUCGCUGCCUCUAAUGGUUUAAAUCCGACUCUUGAUACUUCAAAACAUUUUCUCAGCAUAAAAGAAGCUGCUCGUCCUCCGACCUCGCCACCAAAGUCUAAAGAUGAAAUCGAGAAGGUCAGCAAACGUUGUGAUAAAAGUGAAGAUGAGUCCUGCAUACACAAGCAGAACAUCUCCCCCAAAUCCGCCCCUGCAUUGGACAUCCCGCCAUGCUCUCCUUCCAUCGACAGCGACGCCUGCGACAGUAAGCUCGACGACGUCGGAAACGACAACGGAAACGGGCUGGACUCCUGCGACGACGACGAUCCUGAAGAUCACAUCCCGCACGUCCUCGCGCCCGGGUACCACGGGCCCAACCGAAGGUGCCUCCUCUGGGCAUGCAAGGCUUGCAAGAGGAAAACGGUCACCAUCGACAGGAGAAAGGCAGCCACGAUGAGAGAGCGGAGACGCCUCAAGCGAGUCAACGAGGCGUUCGAGACUCUGAAGCGGAGGACGUGCCCGAACCCCAACCAGCGACUCCCCAAGGUGGAAAUACUACGCAACGCCAUCGAAUACAUCGAGAGUCUGGAGGAACUUCUUCACGGAAGUAGAAUUAACAGAAGUGAAGAAACAGGAACUGACAAUAACUCAUCCAGCAGUGGUUCCGAAUACAUGGGUAUGCAUAGCCCUCAGUAUUAUACAGACAAGUUACAGCACAGCUCUGACCAUAACGGAAACUACAGCAGCCCUAACGGCUACGACCCUGCAGGCGGGAACGGAGCCUCGAGCCUCAAUUGUUUGUCCCUCAUCGUGGAGAGCAUUUCGCCCAACAAAACCCCGGCUGUGCUGACCAGUAUGACGUCAUCAGAUCGGCCAUUGUGACCGACGGUUGAACCCGACCGUUGAUCACGUGACGCUAAUUCAGUCAACCGGAGCGUGUACAAGAAGCCUAAUUAAACAGAAACAAAGCUGCGGACGUUAUCCUCAGUGGACUGAACUGACCGUUAUGACGUAAAGUACAAUCACACUUUGUGAGUGUCGGAACUAAUCUCUUUUUUUUUUAAAAAAGAUACAUCAGGACUAUUUGAGCUUAGACAAGCUUUAAUGAGCGUCUACUUAAAGAUACAAGUGACGUUAGAACGAAGCAAUAGGUAUUGGUUAUUAAUCAAUAUGACUUUUUUCGAAGCCUGGGUGAUUAGUUAGUGGAUGUAAUCAUUUCACAGAGUCAAAAAAUACUUUGGCUACUUGCAUUUGGAUCGAGACUUGACAUUGAUCUUAACCAAAUGUCUGUGACACUAUACAUUACUAGGAUAUUUAGACGCUCAAAUCUGACAUGUGUGGUCACGGAUUUUCAUAAUAUGUUGAAUAAUCGAAAGAAAGAAUGAACAUUACAAAAUGAUCAAUUUGCAGUUGAAAAGCUAUUGAUGUAAAAUAAAUGUCCUAACAUUAACUAAAACAAUGUUACACUUGUUUAUAAUGUCUAGAUUCAAUGUCCAGAUAAUUCUCUUUAUUACUUUAUUACUCAAGCAUUCGCUGACACUUUAUGCGCAUAUCAAUGUCAUUAUUUACGAUGAAUAAGUCAGUUACUAAUUGUGCUGUUCCUCUCUCAAGGUAUUCACAGUAUUUCAUGAUUUAUAUACAUAAAAAAAACUAACUUAAUUGUAUAUACAUUCGAUGAAUGAUCGCUUGAGAUGUAUUACCGUAACUGUACAAAUAUUUGUUUUUACUUUGUUUGCCAAACAUUCAGUGCCACAAUGCAAAAAACUUCAUGUAUCGCAAUGCCAUAAGGGGAGGUGCGGUGGCUGAGUGGUAAAGCGUUCGGCUUCCAAACUGAGGUUCGAAUCCUGAUGAAGCCAGUGAUUUUUAAAUUCGGGAUCUUUAGAGUGCCUCUGAGACCAUCAACUUUAAUGGGUAUCUACUUGGUCGUUGUGCUGGCCAUAUGACACCCUCGUGUGUUUGCAGAACCAGAUGACCUAUAUAUCUGCCACAUAGAUCGAAACUUCUGAGAGAGACAAGGCUAUUAAGGCCAUAAGUAAAAGAGGCAGUGAUUUAUAUGGACCUCACAAUGACCUAUAAACUCAGUAUCUAAAGGGUGGAUAACUGUAAUCAUUAGGACAAGAGUUGAUUUCCUUGUGUCGAGUUCAAUUAACAGCGAUAUUGUGAAACCCACAAUCUAGCCAUUCGAUUUCCUGGAUUCACUUAUUCACACUUCAAAUAUAUAUAGGUUAGCCUCCUUCAGCAGUAGAACGACUAUGGUUCAUCUCGAACACUUUUUCAUAUGCAUAUGGCUGUGGAGCCCUAUUUUGGAGAGACACUCCCGUCCUCAAGUCAAGGUGGCUUUCACUUUGGUGGUAGAGGGCCUGGCCAUUGUUAAUGUGGCAUGCUUUUCUUCAAGAGCUUAGGCCCAUGUUUUCUCGCUCUCCAUAGCUUUCUUGGUCACCGUCUCUCUCCAUUUAGUGUGGUCUAGGGCUAUGUCUUCCCUAUGGUCAGUAUCAAUGUUUACUGAUUUAAAAUCCCUUUUUUUUUCACAUCAACGUAACGGUUGUGGGGGCGACCAGUUUUUCUUGAGUUGCAAGUUGCCCGUACAGAAUGAUUUUCUGGAUGCGAUUUUAAUUAUGGAACCUUUAAAUAACUCAAGGUUAGCUAACUCUUCAAGAAAAAGCGCUCAAGAGUUAAGCUUUCAUGGCAUGUCCAAGACUAUAGGCUCCUUCCCCUCUCUGCAGCGUUAAGAUGUUUCUAUACAACACUUUCCGAAUUUUGUGGGCACUAGAUCUGUUUGGGCGACAUCGCUCCCAUAGCUGUAAAAACCUUGUUUCUAAUCUCUUCAUUCGUGAUGCGGCCUAUGCAAGUGACGCCCAUGAUGCAUUUAUAAUUCAACUUCGGAUAAAAGUUGAUAAAUGCGUUUUUUGAAACUAAAUCGUUGGUUGAUAAAUUAGCUUUUGAAUGAUUGGAUUGAUUGAUAGUUUGAUUGAUUGAUUGUCUGAGUGAUUGAUAUGUUUUGUGUAAAAUUGUUCAAAGAUUAUUUAAAUAUUGCACUUUCUUGACGCAAUAUAAAUCCCCUUGCUCAAAAUUGUAUAAAGUUAUAUUAAUUAUGUUGACUCCUGAUAUAACCUAUGCCUUCAGUAAUAUCGCAGUAUUAUACCUAUUCAGAUUUUUUUUUUCAGAGAUAAUGCCAAAAUCAAAAGAAAUAUAUUCGUGUGUGUGUGUGUGUCUUGUUAUCUCAUAUUCUUUAAUAUUUUUUUUUUUUUUGCAUAAAAAUGUCUUCAGUAGUUAUCAUGUGCCUUAUGAUCCUAUUUGUCUAUUUAUUUAUAUUAAUUUUUAAAAACAAAAAAAAUAAAAACAUAUUUUGUUAUACUGCACUAGUGCCCCUUUGUGAUUGUACCAUAUCAGUAUUUCAAAGUUAAAAUUUUAAUUAUGGUUUUUACUUCUAUGCAUACUUUUUACUAGCAGAUGUUUGAUACGUUUAUGUAUACAAUAACAGCAUUGGAUAAUGUUGGAUAUUCCUUUUUAAAACUGUUAUUACAUAAUAUUGUCAAUUACAUUUUCUUUUUCGUUCUUUUUACGUUUAGUGUUUUUCAUAUAACUCAUUUGCAUAAGAAAUUUGAAUACAUGACAGAAAUCCGUGUUUGCAUUUUAUUUUGAUUGAUUGUAAUCUACAAUUAUUUUGUAGAAAAUGUUAUUUUCAGCAAGAAAAUGUACAGGUGAUUUUAAUUGUAACUGGAUAUUAACAUUUUGUGCCUUAAUUAUUAAUUCAAAUUUUUAGCUCUCAUGUGCCUUUGAUUUCUCUGAAUAAACAUUAGCCU